AUGGCAGCGCCUGUCGUCUGGAUCAAUGCAUUCCCGGGAAUGGGGAAAUUAACCGUUGCCAGAGAACUCAUUCGCCUCGAUCAGUCAAGCAUUCUGAUCGACAACCAUCAACUGAUAGACCCGGUGGCAGCACGGUUCUCUCGAGACCAUCCCCAGUACCAAACAGAGCGAAGACGCGAACGCGAACGUGCAUUUGGCAAAUACGUACUUGAACCAACUUUUAUAUCAAAAACAAUCGUCUUCACAGAUUGCCAAUCAGACGACGAAUUAGGCCAAGCUACAGCGCAAGAGUAUCUACAAGCCGCUCUAAAAGCUAAGCGACCAUUUAUUACCAUCUAUCUAUCCUGCGAGAUAGAGGUCAACAUUAAAAGGGCCACCAGUUCCGAACGCGUCCAGGGAACCACGACAAAGCUGACUGACGCCGUUAUGUUAAGAGACGCUCUAUCGAGAUGCAAAAUGUUUCGAUUCGAAAACAGUCCGUAUGAAGCAUACAACAUCGACACAACGGACUUAGCACCUGUGGACACCGCUUUGAGAAUACAGAUAUAUAUCAAGGAUUAUCUAUCCGGUUGCAAAGCGAGGCGGUGUGAAUGAAUUACGCAAUCAUGAUUCAAAAAGGAAGCACGGUGGAUAUGGAUGCCCAUGCAAUAUGAAACAGACAUCCCUUUGGGAAAGGAGCAUCAGUCAACAUAUGUUUAAGCGAGAUAAGCGAAUUCAAUUCAACUGAGAGACUUUGAAAGCUGUUAUGAAGGCCAUACGAAUAGAAGGACCAAGGCACAGAAGCAUACAAUCUAGCAACGGAGAUGCUGUCUUAAAUCCGGUCUCAAUCCAUAACUCAGGAGAUAUAGUCAACGGAC